UAAGAGACGGUGACGUAGUCGGUUAAGUUUGUUUCAGCUCUAGCUGAUCAUCAGCCCAAAGCCGAAACACUGAGCACCGGACGCGCUCGGAGGAUGGAGUUUUUCACAGGAAACCCCUUUUCUACACCCGUGGGUCAACUUAUAGAACAUGCCACCAGUUCCUCUCUCCCGUCCGAAGACUGGAGCCUCAACAUGGAGAUCUGUGACAUUGUCAAUGAAACCGAUGAAGGACCUAAAGAUGCUGUCAGAGCAAUCAAGAAGAAGAUACUGGGAAAUAGGAAUUUCAAAGAGGUUAUGCUGACUUUGAGCGUGUUGGAGGCCUGUGUGAAGAACUGCGGGCACAGAUUCCACAUCUACGUGUCCACCAGAGACUUUGUGGAGAACGUUUUAGUCCAGACGAUCCUGCCUAAAAACAACGCCCCAGUGGUUCUUCAGGACAGAGUCUUGAGCAUGAUACAGGCGUGGUCCGAUGCCUUUCGUAGUUCUCCAGAUUUGACCGGAGUCGUGACUGUCUAUGAGGACCUCAGGAGGAAAGGCGUGGAGUUUCCCAUGACUGAACUGAAUGGAUGUUCCCCUAUACACACUCCCAACAGGACCAUCGAGUCGGCGUCUCCGGUGACGGCUCACACAGAAAGUCACUCCGUCACGUCGUCACAGCCACAGAAUACAGAGACGCCCAUCACACUGUCACCUCAACAGAUGAAAACAAUGAAGACCGAACUGGAGGUGGUUCGUAAUAAUAUAUCAGUGAUGUCGGACAUGAUGAGUCAGAUGGAGCCCGCGAGUCUUGAGCCGUCAGACACAGAGCUGCUGCAGCAGCUCUACUCCAUGACCAAAGAUAUGCAGGGCCGGAUGGUGGAGCUCAUACCCAGACUGAGCGAUGAGAAGCUUAUAGAGCAGCUACUCUGUGCCAACGACGACACGCACACCACGUUCGCACAGUAUCACAGAUUUGAAAGACAUCUCAGUAGACAAAGCAGUGCACAAUCUAAUUCAGCUAACACCAAUCUUAUUGAUUUGGGAACUCCCAACCAAUCAAAGGCAGCCAACGGCGCUCACAGCACAAUCAGCCAAUCAGCAGUCAGCGCACUGUCCAAUCAGAUGGCAGGACUGAGCACAAAAGCUGAUGAUUUAAAACUAAGUAAAAGCGGCUCUUCACAAAAAAGCAGUCCAGAAUGCUCUGCAGGUCCAGAAGCUCUUGCAGCCACUCGAAGACAGCGACAGGACACCGGAGCGGAUGACAGCCUAGACUCCACCUCCCUCGGCAGCUCGCCUCAGUUUCACUGGAUGCUUGAAAAGGGAAUGAUUCCUGUCAGUCAGAGUGAGGUGAUGGAUGACAUCGAGCAAUGGCUGGACGUAGAUGAUGACGACGAUGCUGAAGGAGUGACCAGUGAAGAGUUUGAUAAGUUCUUAGCAGAACGAGCGAAAGCAGCGGAGCGUCUUCCUUCAGUGAAAGCAUCGCAGCACGACCCGGGCCGUUCACAACUCUAGUUUGAUUGUUCAUAACUUCCAACAUUUGUAUUUCCGUUGAUUUAACCAUGUGCUCACUUUUAACUUUUAUUUAUAGUAUUUUUGGUUGAUUUCUAAACCAUGUAAUGUCUUUAUCAAACUGUACGAGUCUUGAGUUAGGUGCGGGUUUUGUUUUUUGCAGAUGUGUAACCUCAUGAAAUAUUUUUUUAAUAAUUUCUUGGGUACAUUCUUCAGUAGAGGUGAUUUUUCUUUCAUCUUUUAAUGGAGAAAGGCUCUGUGGUGACGUAUGAAGAACUUGAAUCGAUCUUUAUUAAAGAUCUUGAUUUGUUGAGGUGAAAUCCCUUGUAUGUAUAUACACUGAAUAUAUUAGGCUGUUUUGAAGGGAGGAAGUGUUUUUUUACAGAGAGGAAUUUUGCGGGGUUGUUUUUCUCUCUAGUUUACACUUUGCUCUGGAAAGCGAAAACUACAAAAAAAAAAAUUAAUUGAAUAAGAAAAGGCCCUCGCAACUUGUUUUUUAAAUGUUUUAGAAAUAAAAUAAAUUCACUUGAAAAUUACAAUGAAUGUGGUUUGUCUGCAGGCUGCUGUAUGUCUCUAGUAUGAGUGUUAAUAAGUACAACCUUAUACGUUGAGGUUAUGUUAAAAUAUUCAAUAAAAUGUCAUUUGAAAAUCUUGGA